GGUAGCAAUGGUCUAAGAGCACCUUUAUUUUGUCGAUUGGACUGUAUUUUGUUGAAAUUCAAAGGAAAAUAAAGCGGUUAGAAAUUAAAUUUUAAUAUGUUUUGCUGUAAAAGUGAUGAUCAAGUGGAUCAAUAUUGUUGAAGUUUUGUGUUGAGUGAAUAAUCAUUUGGCAGUUCUUUGUUGGACCAGUUCAAUGAAACUUGAUGGACAUUCGUGAAGGAAAUCAACUAAGGAUCGGUCAUCGGUAAUAACAACAUAAACAAAAAGUCUAUCGAGCUCGUUAUACAUGACUUUGGGUAGACAGACUCAAAUUUGAGCUUUUUCAAGCCCUAAACUUUGAUGUAAUGCUCCUGUCAUAACAUAUGGCACAAUGAAAAUAGACAGAUCGCGAGUGCGGAAGAGCACUUCAGAUGUUCCUAUCGAGUGCCAACAAUUGAUCGAAAGGCUUCAAGCAUGUUCCCGGACUGAACUCCUUGAAGAACUAUCAAAAAUUAAUACAUGGACGUUCGGGAAAUGCGAAUUACUACAUUGGGCCUUAGUUCUCGACGUUUUUGACAAGAUUCUCGGAGAAGCCGGUCGGAAGUCGUUUGAAAAUAAAUGGGCUUUGCAUUGUGAUACUCAUUAUAACGGCACGGAAAAGAAGCUACUACUAUGGAUUCUACACUUCACUACCCUCCUAAUCGAGCAUUCGUUUUCUCGGCACUUGUACAAUUCCUUAGAACACUUGUUGGUGCUCUUGGAGUCCAACGAUAUGUCAGUAGUUUUAGGAGUUUUAAAUCUAUUGUACAUGUUUUCGAAACGCAGCAACUUCAUCUCACGUUUGUCACCAGAGAAGAAAAAUUCUUUACUUUCAAGACUGCACCAUUUGGCUGAAAAUUGGGGAGGAAAAGAGAAUGGCUUUGGGCUUGCUGACUGCUGCAGAGCCGAUAGGCCUCUACCUCCGUCUGCUACAACACUUCAUGUAGAAUUUCAUAGAGAAUUUGAAGACCCGAAGGACGCUUGCUCGAAAAAUGGCAAGCACUCGCCACAUAUUAUUCACAUUGAACAUGUGGAUAAGAUCCAUAAGACUCCUGCCGAAAUUAUGAAGUCGUUGCUGGGAAUUUACUAUGUGCCUACUGAUAAACAAAUGUGGCUAUUCACGCACGUCCGUUUGGCUCACCAUUUCGCCGAUUAUAAUAACCGUCUGUUGUGUGUACAAGCACGGCUUCAGGCACUAUCCGUGCUUGUAUACUCGAACGCUAUACAAGACUCUCCUCACAAUCUUCUCUAUAAUGGCCUUCUCGAAGAAUUGGUGGAGUUGGUAGAAAUGAAGGAAGCGCAUUUGGUGGAGAUUCGUUCAGCAGCUUUGCGAACACUUACAGCUAUUAUACACCUAGAUAGAAACCCCCAUAUUCCCAAAAAACCUGGAUCUAGACUUAAUAAUAUUAUUGAUGUAACUGGUGCUAGUCAGUACCACGGAUUUUUGCCUCUUUUAGUUAGGAAUUGUAUUAUAACCCUUACAAAUCAAAACGGUGAAAAUCAAAGUAAGAGAGAAGACGUCGACUGUGAAAAAAAUGACGAUAUUGAAUUAGAAUGUGAUGAAGCGAGGUUGAUGGAGAGUAGCGAUGUGACAAUGAGCCCUCAGCAACCAUUAGAUCCUAAUGCGAAAUUUCCGUUGUCUUUAGCUACAGCUUUGUUUUCGUUCUUGUAUCAUUUAGCAAGUUAUGAAGCAGGAGGCGAAGCUUUAGUUUCGUGUGGCAUGAUGGAAUCACUCCUACAAGUCAUCAACUGGCACGGAGUUGAAUUAGAACACAUUACCUUUGUUACAAGAGCCGUUAGGGUAAUUGACCUCAUUACCAAUAUCGAUAUGCAAGCUUUCCAAACUCACGGCGGGCUGCAGAGCUUCAUUAGUCGCCUAGAUGUGGAAGUAAAACUAUGCAAAGACGAACAGUUAUACGAAGUGAAGUCAACGGUUACUGAGCAGAGUUUAGAAGAUAAUGCAACAGCAGGACCGUCGUCCGAGAAUAGUGACAGUGUGUCGGAAUGUACAAAAUUAGUGGAUCUUGUGUACCAUGCUGAAAACGUCGGUAAAACAUGCCUACCUCAGAGAGCAGCUCUCCUAAAGUCAAUGUUGAACUUCCUAAAAAAGGCUCUACAAGAUUCGACAUUUUCGGAUAACAUCCGGCACUUGAUGGAAGGUACUUUGCCCAACUCGCUGAAAAAUAUCAUAGCGAACGCUGAGUAUUACGGGCCGUCUCUAUUUUUAUUAGCCACUGAUGUCGUGACUGUUUAUGUGUACCAAGAACCAUCCCUGCUUUCGGCUCUUCAGGAUAACGGUUUAAUCGAAGUCGUCCUGCACUCGCUAUUAGUUAAAGAAAUUCCGGCAACUCGAGAAGUUCUAGGGUCGCUGCCGAACGUAUUCAGCGCUUUGUGUUUGAAUAACCGUGGGCUUCAACAGUUUAUUAAAAUGAAACCUUUUGAGAAGACCUUCAGUGUCAUGUUGUCGCCCGAUUACCUCCCUGCGAUGAGACGUAGACGCAGCUCCGAGCCAAUGGCGGACACCGCGUGUAACCUCGGUAACGCCAUGGACGAGCUGAUGCGUCACCAACCCAGUCUUAAGAGUGACGCCAUCAAGGCUAUCAUCGACCUUUUAGAAGAACUGGUCAAUUUGGGAACAGACCCGAAAUACAUAUGUUGGAAACCCCACAGUAAAUCCGAAGUGUCGCCUUCCAGUAGUACACGUUCGGCAACCAACACCGAAGGCUCUUCCGACGAAGAAGACGAAGACGAAGAAGAAGCGUCCACGUCGUCCCAGAACGCACAAAACGAUGCUCAAGUCCAGCAAGAGAACAGCGAAAGGACUCCCAUUGCGCUCAUUGAUUAUAUACUAAAUACCAUGAAGUUCAUUGACGCUAUUCUGAGUAACAACUCGACGGAUGAUCAUUGCCGAGAGUUCGUGCAACAAGGAGGCCUUCGUCCACUUUUAAAAAUACUAGGGUUACCUAAUUUGCCGGUCAAUUGCCCCGUUACCAAUCCAGCUCAAGCCGUAGCUACAGUAUGCAAAAGCAUUCUAAACCUAGCCCACGAAACCAAUUUGUUUAAAGAGGGAUUAGCUCAACUGACUCAAGUCCUGGACACAUUGAAGCCGAUGAACACGAAAUUAGACGUUCCGAGUGGUCCUAAAUUAUUACUAGAACUGGCGGGUGCAUCUAACGUUGAAAAUGCGUUCAACAAUGCAACCGUGACGCCAUUGCUUCACGCCAUGGGAGCGGCUCAUGGCUACAUUAUCAUGCUAGUGCACGUAUGUCGAACCGGGCAAAGCGAAAUUCGAAAUCUGUCUUUGCAAAAUUGGGGUUCCGAGGAGGGACUACGUGUGAUUAAAGGAUUGGCAGACCUGUAUACAUCUCUAGUUUGGGAAAGCACCCUUCUAUUAGCUUACUGCAGCGAGGAAUACAUACCCUCCGACUUUACCAGAGAAGACAUUGAGAAACUGAACGCUUUCUUCGACCAGUGCGAAAGUAGCAACACCGGAAGCGAUAGCACCGUCAACGUAGCAUCCGCAAUGGAAGCUCUCACUACCAACCCACCGACGAUAUCCAUGGACGUGGAUCAAGAGGCUGUGACGCUCAACUUAAGUACUAGCUUGAAGUAUAUAAAACCGCUGCUCGGGGCUUCGUCGCGAUUAGGUCGUGCGCUCGCGGAAUUGUUCGGUUUGCUCGUGAAAUUGUGCGUCGGUUCGCCGAUUCGGCAAAGACGCGGCCAAAAUAUAAUAGCAGCACCUCCUUUACCGACGCCGUACGCCCGUAGUGUUGCUACGGCUUUAAAUAUGCUUCUCGCAGAUGGAUUAGACUAUGAGAAGUUGCCGGCUUGCCCGUUACUAAAGUCACGGAUUACGUUCCUUAUUUGUAGUGUCGGGUUUACAAGUCCGAUGUUGUUCGAUGAAAAACGGUACCCUUAUCAUUUGAUGUUGAUGAAAUUCGUCGAAUUGGGAGGUCAAGCGAUUUUCUUCAACACGUUCCGAUGGGCUCUCACCGCCGGAGGGACGAUACCGAUAGAGAAGGCCUUCGAGCAAGGAGCUCUUCCCGAAGGUACUGCGGGAUUUUUGGACGCGUGGUUGAUGCUUCUCGAGAAAAUGGUUAACCCGAAAGCGAUUCUUGAGUCGCCGCACAUAAUAUCGAAUAGAGCGUCUCAAAGUUCCACUUACAAAGGUUAUAGUUUCGAUCCUCUAAAAUACCUCAUUCAGAUUCACAAGCUGGCGUUUGAGGCGGUGAUGCUGUUGUGGGAUAAGGCACCGAUAGCUACAUACGGCACUCGUUUGUCUGAAAACAUUCUAACGAUCCUGCGGCAUAUACUUCGCGGCGAAAAAAUUAUCAAAGAAAAGUUAAAAUCGGAAGAGAACGUAUCGACAGAUCUCAGUAGACCUAAAACCAGUACCGGUGGUGGUAAUUCCAGUCGUGAACCAGAAGUAAACCCAGAGAGUUUGAGCCAGUUGAUGGAUAUGGGUUUUUCGCGCGAACAUGUCACAGAUGCGUUACUCAACACUUUGACUGUUGAACAAGCAACCGAUUACUUGCUCACAAAUCCUCCGUCUUUUUAUCGCAUGACGUCGUCUUUUAUAAACUCCGACGAAGACGAUCAGAUGAUGCAAGCUAUAGCGAUUUCCCUCGGCGCCUCCAGUUCACCGAAUGCUGCCAAAAAGAAGGUCGUUGAAGACGAUGGAAAACCAUUGGCUGAAAGUUUGAUCGACGAUUUUACUAACCACGCGCUAGAAGCGUGCCUUAAGUUGUUAGACGCAACUCCAGAGUCUGUUCAUAAGAUCUGCGAACUACUCGUGACGAUAAUGAAACGUAACGGCCGUACUUUCAGGGAUAAUCUGCUAGAUACUUUAGUUAAAGAAAUUUAUGAUAGUGCAGAGAGUGUUUACUUAUACUAUUCGGAACAAGACAACGAUCCUGACUACCAAAGCAUUGCUGAUUUAUCGUGCACUUCGCGAUUAGGUAACUACAUACACCUGUAUAUCCUAUUCUUCGAAGUUUCUUCCUAUUUCGAAAUGAAGAUACCGUGUGCUUUGGCCGUACACAAAACUGGUUUAGUCGACCUUCUCAUUAAGCUCAUAAGUGUGGUGAAAGAUGCGAUGACUCGUUCGGAAAAUUUCGUGGAACCGAAAUGGUUGGCUUCGUCUUUUCUUUUGAUCGACGCGGUAUCGAAAGUAUCGACUUGUACCCAACGCAAGAGAACUAUGCACUUAAGUACGACACGCGUGUGGCGUUGGUUUCACUUAGAAACCGGCAAAUGGGCACCUUAUUCCAAUAGCAAUAACAAACUAAUCAACGAUGCUUAUUGGAACGGAGAACCCAGCGUUCGAGUGACUUGUGGACGAAGACGUUACACCGUCACUUUUUCCAACAUGCUGCAAUUAAAUGAUGAAAGCGGCAACAAUAGACCCAUUUGUAUGACUCUAAUCAAUUCGGGCCUACCGAGUUGUUCCGACGUGUUCAUCGUCAACACGGAGGAAUCCCUGAACGCCGAACUAACAGAAAAAGAAGAAAAAAGAUGCAUUCUUGUACCCAAUUUAACCAAAUCCCAAGAAGCGGAAAUCGUAAAAGCGUGCGUCAAGUUCAUGCAUAUGCCCAUAGACAAAGACUUCCUCCACUCGAUUUUACAAAUUUGCAUCAGACUUACAAGAGACUUCGAAUUGGCGAAAAUAUUCGUGCAAGAAGGUGGCGUCAAGUGCUUGUUGAAAAUGAAACAAAUGAGAGAAUUCGCUGGUUUUGGUAUUUUGGCAACGAUUUUAAUCCGACACGCUCUGGAGGAGCCGAACACGUUGUCGUAUGCAGUCGAAAAAAUCAUCAGAGCUCGAACGCUCUCGACCAUACCGCCGUAUUAUAAAGAGUUGCUUUACCUGACGAGACAAAUCGGCGGAGCCGUUACACGUUCACCCGAUACAUUUUUCGAAGUCGCUAAAAACGUCUUACGCAUUGAUACUGAAGUAAAUCGAGAAGAAAUAGAUUCAGGGAUUCCCGUAAAGACGGAACCACCUACACGUACAAGAGCGCCACCUUUAGAGGAAGUGGUUUCGAAUGAAGUAAUUUGCGACCUACUUAACGCUUUACUUAAACCUUUGGAACUUCCCGAUGAAAAUCAACCUCAGACAUCCAAAACAAACGCACAGAGUACUAGUAGUAGCAGCAGUAGUAAACCUGUAGAAGCCAUGAGUGCGGACAUUGACGAUUCCGGACCGGGAACUCCCGCUUCGAGAACUCAAACCGACGGAAAUUCCGAGAAUCGUAGCGACUCCGAACAGAAGAAAAAGAAGAUGAUGUUACCCAAGUCCGUCAUUUUGAAAAUACUAGGAGAUGCCGUGGUUUCGUACGGACCCGUAGCCAGAAUUAUUACAGAAUAUACAUAUAAGGCUGGUUCUGCCGAAUGCCUCAAGGAAGACUGUACAGCUUUGGCCUUCAUCCUCGACAAGAUUCUUCCAGAAACUGAGAACAUCUCUGAUUCGGAUUGUUCCACGAUGUGUCGAAUGUUGAUUGCAGCUAUCGCGAGUUCGAAUCAUUCUCCAGAAGCCCAAUUUACUUUGGUUAGCGAAGUCCGCGCUGCGUUACUCCGAGCUUUGAUAAUGCCCGAAUCGAGCGAGAAACAUAGUCAGGUGCAGUUGAUCGCGGGGAUCAUUUCUAUAAUGAUCGACAAUUGUCCGUCGUCACAAACUAGGGUUAAGUCACAACCGCCUACACCCCAAAUGAAUAACAUCGUAAGGCUGAUGAUUCGGAAGUCGUUGUUUAAUGAUCUAGCGAGAGUACCCCACUAUUUGGACUUGUCAUCACCAAACACUCCGUUUACGGUGAAUGCGUGUCUAAAAUCAUUGGAGGCUCUAUCUAGAAUUGUCAAUCAACCAGUUCCGGCUAGUACGCAAAAGUCGAAGAAGAAUCAACAGACGGCGGACGAGAGUACGGGAACUCAAAAUGGAACCUCGACUGAAGGAACAAACGCACAGAGGGAAGUCGUUAUUGACGAUUCUGUGGUGAUCGAAGAUUCAGAAAACACCGAGCACGACAUAGCGGUUGUGACUUCUACGAUCGAGGUGGAGGCCAACGAGAACGAGAACGUUCUUGUUCACAUGAUCGACCAGUUGUUGGAACAAGGGAACGACAAUAAUCAGAGUUUCAGCGACGUCGCGUCUUCUAGGAACCACACCAUGGACAUCGACGAAGACGGGAACUUGACGUUCGAGCACGAGCGAGACGCAACCGAGGAAUUGAUGAGUACCGAUUCGGGAGAGUCCGAUUCUAAUCCUUCCGAUCAGGUCGAAGAUGAAGAGAACGAUGACAAUGAAGGAGACGACGAGAACAUUGAUGACGCGGAUGACACGAAUUACGACGACGAAGACGGCAGUGAUCGAAGACGAGCUUCUUACAUGGAUAGAAACGAUGACGUUUUGAUGAUUCAAUACACAAAUCCAGGUGCUGAGAACGAGGUUGUCACAAGAAUGGUCGCAUACCCGAUGGGAGAGCACGGAUCGUUCCCUAUGCCCUUGUUCGAUGAGAUCAACAACAGCAGCGAUCACACCGGUCCAAUCGUGCAUCCUCUGCUGCUGUCACGCAACACUAACGAGAGCAGUUCCAGUACAGUCACGCGCACCCAGCGGGUCACAAGGGCUAGGCGGUACCAGUAUCUGUUUAAUCCGAGGAAUCCAAAUCCUCCAGUGAUACUUCAACGGUUGCUUGGGCCUCACGAACCUCAGGUCACUCUGGCGUCGGCGAAUAGCAUUUUGGGAGGUCCUCCUGAGAUGCGGGAAUCAGCUCGGUUAGUAGUGAUGGACAAUUUCGGUUUGUUACCUUCUCAUGAGGAACAAAUUGACUUUGUCGAUCAAUCUGGAUACCUUUUUGGUCCUAGUUUAGCGGCAACUUUGAAUCACAUUUCGCCGGUUUUGCACUGGUGGAACAUCGAAUCCAAGUGUUUGGAUUACGAGUCGGUCUACGAUGUUACGACGGAAGUGUGCAACAGACUUCUGGCGGUACUCAUCAAACAUAGAAACGUAGAAAUCGUGGACAAAAGGAAGUCGCAUGCCGAGGCUCUGAGAAGGUUCAAGUUUUCGGAAGACGAUUAUAUCAAGCCAACGGAAGAUUCGACUGAGCCUAACGCCACUGACGGAACCGACGAAGACAUUGAUGGUGUUCCGCUUGAAACAUCCGAUACCUCAAACGACGAUCGUUCAGAAAUUAACAAUAGAAUGGAAUCGUCAUUCAUCGGUUUUGACAGCGGUACCGAACAAACGCGACGUAGUUCACGUCCUACGACUGAUCGUUCCGAUGGUAUCAGGAACAACCCUGAAGAAAGUAACGAAAGCGCAACCACAGAAAGGAACGGAAGUUCCAUAAACCCGUUCGAAAUACCGACUCUCUCCCCUUAUAUUCCGCCACCACGUCUGACUACCAUGUUCCCGCGGGGUUCUUUACACCCGCCCGACAUCGCGGAAAACACAAGUCAAGAAAAUAACGAAGACAAUUCUUCACGCGAUAACAGCGAAGAUACCUUCUGCAACAGAAAUCCUCCAUCUUGCGGGCCCGUCAGUCCCGAUAUCUUCGAAGACACUCUCAAUCAACAAAUCAAUUCGCUUUCGAACUCGGAGAGAGAACCCGAGCCUACUGAGGACAACGCAACCACGAACUCCUCUCAAGAACCUGAGGAGAUUCUCGGGUCUUCGUCUACCACCCCUCAACAAGAACAAGCGUCCGCUUCCGCUACCACCGCUAACAACAGCGAACCAGGACCUAGCAGCGACCCGACAGAAGAGAUCCCCGACGGGGUAGAUCCGUCAUUUUUAGAAGCUUUGCCGCCGGACAUGCGUCAGGAGGUUUUAGAACAACACAGAAUUCUGCGUCUGCAGCAACGCAUCGCCGCGAGAACCGAAAACACGGAAGCAGCAACGGGAUCGACGGAAGUGAGUCCCGAAUUUCUGGCAGCUUUGCCACCUUCGCUGCAAGAGGAAGUCCUUUCUCAACAAAGACUCGAGCAGCAAAGACAAGCCGCGGCUCAAGCUAAUCCGAACGAGCCGUUGGACGCGGGCGCUUUCUUCGAAACGUUGCAGCCGUCGCUGCGGACGAUGAUCCUCUCUGACAUGGAAGACUCGCAGAUGUCGGCUCUACCGCCGGAUUUGGCAGCCGAAGCGCAAACUUUGCGCAGAGAUUGGGAAGCGAGGAAUCGGCAGAUGGUGCAAGAAAGGAUUCUCCAGAGUAAUUUGACGAGCAUCAUUAGACACUCGACUAGGUCAAGGCAGCCGCUUCAUCACUCGUCUGGCCACUUUCCGAGAGUGCAAUGGACGCACUGGAAUAGAGAAUUUAUGAAUAAUCCUGUCACGCCUAGUCCGCCCUUGAAGAUACGAGGAAGACAGUUGUUGGAUCAUGAGGGUCUUUCAUGUUUGUUGGUUUUGCUGUUUACGGAUGAUCCGCACCUAGGGAAGUUGCGGCUUCAUAGAGUCAUUCGGAAUUUGUGUUACCACGCGCCGACGAGGGAAUGGAUCGUUAAUGCAUUGUUGUCGAUCAUAGACAAGAGCGUGCACGUUAAACCGGACGAGAAUUUAAAUAAACCCGUGAGGAAGAUGCCAAAACCGGGACCAUUGUCUAGUAAAUUGAUGACGGAUUCGAAACUUUUGCAGAAUAACGGAAACUGGUUGAACAUCCGCAUGGAAGCUGCACUAGGUUGUUCGGCCAACGUCUUCAUUGUUAAUAGAAUUAGUACCGGAAAAAGAAGUGAUAAGUCGUCCGCGUCGAGUAUUAGUAUACAUCCACAGGCUGCUCCUAUAGUUUGUAGAAACGCUCUAGAUUUGUUCACGUCGUUAGCAAAAGCAUUUCCGUCUUGCUUACUUCCAAUAAAGUGCAUUAGAGAUGAUAGAGAAGAUAAAAAUAAUUUGUCGCCGGUUAGAGUGAAAGCAGACGGGUAUAGCGACUUUUGGGAGAUUUUGUUAAGAUUGGAUUCCGUUAGUACAAAGAAAGGGAAAAGUAUUCCGAAAAGUAGUAGCAACAGUUCCACUGUCGAACCCGAAAAUAAAAUUCUUUCAUUCGAGCAGUCCGUGUUCGGGCAGUUGUUGAACAUGUUGUCGUCGCCGGUUGUGAAUAGGAAUACGCAACUCACAGAUAAUUUAUUGAGGUUACUAUCUGUGAUAACUUCAGGUAUGCCAGAACUCGCCAAACCUCCGAACGUUUCGUCUAAAGCUUUGAAAAGCAAGCAUCAAAAGAUCGAUAAUCUUACUCCUACGAACGCUCUUCAUCUGGCUGUUAACGUAAUCACAUACAAGAAUUGUUCCGAGGAAGGACUCGAGUUCAUUACCAACUUACUCUUGAAUCUGGCAAGUUCCACCCUAGAAAUGAGCUACAUGAUUUUGAACUUGCUUCUCAGCGGUGCUGUUCGCAUCGGCGAAAUCGUCAAGGAACAAAUUCAAGAUAUGUUAAAAGAACUUCGAGAGUACAACGCCCAGAAACGAACAACCACCGCUAAUAACGACGACAUGGGUCCUUCUACGUCCAAAGGAACAAUCGCUAACAGGUUUACCAAAGAAACUGUGAUCAUCACCGCAUCUACCAAAGUAAAGGCUUCAUGCGAGCUUCAGUUACCUUCCAUGGUGCCUUUAACUUCAAAGUCUUCAAGCCAAUUAUUUUUCUUGAGAGUAUUGCGCGUCAUUGUACAAAUACGAAAUUCCUUCAAGCAGAACGUCAAGCGAAACGACGCCUCAUGGUGUUACGACAUACCAGCCUUAAGUGAACAAUUGAGCAGCAUCGAUAGUCUUUGGGAAACAUUGAGCCAGUGCCUUUCUGAGUUGGAACAUACUCCAGAUCACCAUGCCGUCCUCGUCUUACAGCCCGCUGUGGAGGCGUUCUUCCUCGUUCACUCUCCUCAGCAAGGGCCCUCGAAGAAAGACCAAGACACCGAACAAAGUACUUCCCAGUCGAACGAAGGUCAGGCGUCUUCUGAGUCGAACGAGCGGAGUCAAACCGAAAGCAGGUUCGUGAAUCCGGAAAUAGAGCUUCACCCGCACGAAACUACCCCGAAAGCUCCGGUGCCGCCAGAGCAGCAGAAGUUUUUGAGUUUUGCGGAGAAGCACAGGAGGGUGUUGAACCAGAUUUUGAGGCAGAGCACUUCGCAUUUGACUGAUGGACCGUUCGCGGUGCUCGUGGAUCAUACGAGGAUUUUAGAUUUCGAUAUCAAGCGGAGGUACUUCCGGUCGGAGCUGGAAAGAAUGGAUCAGGGAAUAAGGAGAGAAGAGACGGCCGUCCAUGUGAGGAGGAGCCACAUUUUUGAGGAUUCGUUCAGGGAGUUGUAUAGACGGUCACCGGAGGAGUGGAAGAAUAGGUUCUAUAUAGUGUUCGAAGAUGAGGAAGGACAGGAUGCAGGCGGUUUAUUGAGGGAGUGGUAUGUCAUUAUUUCACGUGACAUUUUUAAUCCGAUGUAUGCCUUGUUUACUGUUUCGCCUGGUGAUAGAGUCACUUAUAUGAUCAAUUCGGCUAGCCAUUACAAUCCUAACCAUCUUUGUUACUAUAAGUUCGUUGGGAGAGUUAUCGCUAAAGCUAUCUAUGACAAUAAAUUACUUGAGUGUUACUUCACGCGUUCAUUUUAUAAACACAUUUUGGGUAUUCCUGUCAAAUACACGGAUAUGGAAAGUGAAGAUUACAGUUUCUAUAGAGGAUUAGUAUAUUUAAUGGAAAAUAAUAUUAAUAACUUAGGACUCGAUUUAACAUUUAGUACUGAAAUUAACGAAUUUGGAGUUACUGAAACAAGAGACUUGAUUGUGAAUGGGAGACAUGUCCCAGUCACUGAAGAAACCAAAAUGGAGUACAUUCGACUUUCCUGUCAGAUGAAGAUGACUGGAGCUAUCAAACAACAACUGAACGCAUUUUUAGACGGGUUUUACGACAUUAUUCCUAUGCGCCUAAUUUCAAUAUUUAAUGAACAAGAACUUGAAUUACUUAUAUCUGGUCUACCAAACGUGGACAUUGACGACUUGAAAGCCAACACCGAGUACCACAAAUACCAGGCGAAUUCUCUUCAGAUACAAUGGUUUUGGCGCGCGUUGAGGUCCUUUGAUCAAGCAGAUCGUGCUAAGUUCCUUCAGUUUGUAACCGGGACAUCUAAAGUUCCCUUACAAGGUUUUGCCGCCCUCGAGGGCAUGAAUGGUGUUCAGAAGUUCCAAAUUCAUAGAGAUGAUCGUUCAACUGAUCGACUACCAUCUGCACAUACUUGCUUCAACCAACUGGAUCUUCCCGUGUACGAAACUUACGACAAAUUGCGCUCGUACCUGUUGAAGGCUAUUCAUGAGUGUUCUGAAGGCUUCGGCUUUGCUUAAAUAAUUAUUUAUAUUUAAGACUGAUAAAAGUGUUAAUUUUUGUUAAUAUCAAAGUAGGUAGUCACUAUGUAAAUAAGAUAUAUCUACUACUGUACAAAAAAAGGAACUCAUUGUAAUAUAAAGAAUUGUUUUCAUUUUGAUAUGAAUAGCAGUUGAGUUAAAUGUAUGUGUACUUCAAUUGCAUUAAUCUGUAAAUUAUAAUUCGAAGUCACAUGUAUUUUUGUAAAGGGCCUUAACGGCAAUUUGAGCGUGAUAGAAUGAAUUUGAUUUGUAAGUCAGAUUCACUCCUUUAUAUUAUUUUAGUAUUCAAUUUGUUGUAAUUAAUUAUCCUAGUUUUUUAAAUACCGUUUAUUUUGUACAAGUUUCGUUUCUGGUUUACUUUUUUUACAUUUUAAAUGUUGUAGUAAUCCAGUUUUCUCAUAUUUAAUAAAAUUUUUCUUAACAUCAA